CCUUUUUCGUACAUCCAUAUUCAUCAGGUUCUGUUUCAGGAAGCGGCUCGGCCAGUCGGAUGCUCUGCUGGAAUGCCUGGAAGAGAGGACAUCCUCGCUGUCCACUGCUGAGAGAGAGAGACAGAGACAAAGAGAGGGAGAGAGUGAGAGAGAGAGAGAGAGAGAGAGAGAGAGAGACGUGCUGCGUAUAGGAGGUGGAGGAGAGAAGAAGAGGGUGGCAGUACAGAGAGGAGCAGACAUGGCUUCUAAAGGGAUCUCAGCCUUUGGUUCUGUCAAUAUGACCAAGGACAUGACAGAGAGCAUCAGGAAGAUAAUCGAUAAAUCAUCCAUUAAGUUAAUUUGCAGCAUUAAGCUUGACACCAAAAAUGGCAAAACAGAGGAUAGGAUUCUGGUCCUUGCAACAUGGCGUCUUUAUUUCCUGGCUCCAAAGAUUCCUGCUAAGGUAGAAAUUACAUUCAACUUCUUGGAGAUUCAAGCUUUGAAUUCCCACCCUGAUCACCAGGUUAUUAUAGACACAGACAAGUCUGGUUACACCCUGAGGUUCGAGUCCCGUGAGCACCUCAAUCAUGUUGUUGGCCAUAUUAAUUUCGCCCUGUCCAGAAUAUUCAACAACUCCAUCUUUGCCCCGUCCAUCUGUCACUCAGACAGCGACCUAUCCGAGGGCAGCAGGAAGUAUUCGCCCAGCUCAGAAACUUCAGUGGAAACGCAGAGGGCCUGUGGAGGCUUCUCAGAAACCUACGCCGCUCUGUGCGACUAUAAUGGCAUCAGCUGUAAGGAGGAAGUGCAGUGGGAUGUGGACACUAUCUAUCACUCUCAGGACAGCCGGGAAAUUAACCUGCUGGAUUUUAGCCACUUGGAGAGCAGGGAUUUGGCAGUGAUUGUUGCAUCAAUGGCCUAUAACACCUGGUUUACCAAAAUCUACUGCAAAGACCUUCGCCUUGGAUCAGAGGUCACUGAGCAGGUCCUUCACACGGUCAGCAAAUCCUCCAGCCUUGAGGAGAUUACUCUGGAGAACGCUGGGUUAAAAUCAGACUUUCCUCAGAAAAUGGCCGCCGCCCUAUCAGAGAACCCAGCAUCUGUUAUCCAUUCCAUUAAUUUGGCCCACAACUCACUGGACAACCAAGGUGUUUCCAGCUUAAUCCAGCAGGUUUGUCGCCUCAGCAAGGGACUUCGUCUGCUCAACCUGUCAAAGACUUCUCUUACCUCAAAAGGUGUGGUGUCUCUCUCUCAGGCUCUCUGCUCCAACAAUGAAUACUCCAACUCUCUUCUGCACCUGGACCUAAGCAAAAACCCCGGGGUCCUCACAGGGGAUGAUGCUUCGAACCUUUAUCUCUUCUUGUCUCAGCCAAACUGCCUGGUCCACUUGGAUCUAUCAUGCACAGACUGUACUGUUGACUCUCUGUUUGGGGCUCUUCUGAGGGGGUGUUGCGCUGAUCUUUCCUUUCUCAAUCUUUCCAAAAAUACGUUCUCUCACAGGAAAGUGAAGGAUACACUGCCGUUAUUACGUCAGUUCUUCAGCUCGGCCUUCAGUCUCACUCAUGUCAGCUUUGCCUCUAUGAAGUUGCCCCCUGAUGUUUUGAGAGCUGUCCUGAUGGGGUUGACAUCAAAUCCUCAUAUCACUGACCUUUAUUUGGACAUCAGCAGCUGUGAGCUGAGGUCUGCAGGAGCGGCUGUAAUCCAGGAAUUUUUCCCCCGGGUCUCCUCCAUUGCGACGUUGGAUAUUACCGACAACGGCCUCGAUGCAGACUUGCUCACAGUGCUGCCUGCCAUUUCAAGACACCCUUCCCUAAAACACCUUCAUCUGGGCAAGAACUUCAACAUCAAAAACAGGGUUCUGGAUGAAGUCUUGCAGAAGCUGGUUUCACUCAUCCAGGAGGAGGAAUGUGCCCUGCAAUCUCUCUUCCUGGGGGACUCACGGUUGCGCUCCAGGGGAACUGUACUGGUCAAUGCUUUAGGUAGCAACACCUGCCUUAGAAAAGUGGACCUGAGUGGAAAUAACAUGGAUGACAUUGGAGCCAAGAUGCUUAGCAAAGCCCUGCAGAUCAACACAACACUCAGGAGUGUGACAUGGGAUCGCAACAACACCUCUGCUACAGGAUUUCUCGAUGUGGCGAGAGCUCUUGAACAUAAUUUUACCUUGCAGUACAUGCCUCUGCCCAUAAGUGACAUUAGCCAGGCAUAUCGCAGCGCUCCUGAGAAGACAGAGCAAGCCCUCACUAAGAUUCAGCGUGCUCUGGUCAGGAACAACCAAACACAGCGCUUCUCUCAGAGGCAGGCUCUGCGGCUGCACCAGGGCUUGGUCACUAGCACAGCCGAAAAGGUAAUGGAGCGCCUUUGUGUGCGGGUCCAGCAACAGGUGUGUUUGUUACGGAGCGUUGGAGAGAUGGAGGAGAUUCAAGCUGCGAAACUCGUCCUGAAAGAGGCCAGGAACUCUCGAGCUCUGUACCCUUCAUUGUGUGAGCUGGCUCAUGUGCUGUCUGUGGACGGGCCCGUGCGGCAGAGACUGGACUCCCUGGCUGGGGAGCUCGCCAAAGCUGCAGAUAAAGAGCUGCAGGUGAUCGUUGACUCCAUGGUGUCACUCUGCCGCGAGCUCUGUCCUUUAUCAUCUUCUGCAGCAGAGAGAUUAAGUCCUUCGCUCUCAUCUGUCUCAGAGCGAGUGUCCAUCCCUCGCUCUGCCAUCCGCACUGCCCUCAUGGAAAGAGCAGCACAGGAUAUUCACAGAGCUUUGGAAGAAGUAAAGCUGUCUGUGGUUUCCUAUCUCACCAACUCCAUUGUGGACCAAAUCCUGCAAGAGCUCUAUGCUACCCACAAGACCCUGACCAGGCAGGUGUCUCAUCUAAAAUGCUGGGAGGGAACAUGUGAAGAUGGGACUGCGUGGAGUUUUAACAGACACACAGACUCUUUGGAUAUCACAGAUGAAGAGCUCGGCGCCAGCAUUGACACGAUUGCCAUUAAGAAGCACAGCUCCAGAACAAGGAGAAUACGGCCCGUCUCUACUAGGCUGAGCUUAUGUGACGACUCUAGCUCCUCUCCCCCUCCCUCUGUGCCAUCGUACUGCUCACCACUGUCCCACUCUGCAUCCUGGGAGGGUUUGUCAGACCUGCCUACGCAGGGUCUGCCUCUCCAUCAUGUAACGCGAGUUCGUCCAAGGCCUCCUAGAAGACACAGGGGAGUACAUGUCCCCUCUGAGACACAUUGCAGCGAAAAUGGAGAAAUAAGCCCUUUGGAUGAUGGACUCCCAGAUUUUUAUACAAAACGAGUUCUACCAGACAGUCAGCUCUCCUCCCUGCACAAAGCACACUCGCUGAGGAGAAAGAAAAGGAGGAACAUGCUGACAAUCUUCGGUUUCCGUAAGAAGUCUGAAGCAGAGGUCUAUGGAGAUGGGUCUCACACUGUUGUUACUGCAUCCACAGGGACAACAAUGGAGAAUGUAUACACACUUCUCCAGGCUCCCCGGCCAGCGGCAAGGUCUUCCAGUAAUGGGUCUGAUGGGAAGAUAAAUGAUCAACAAGGAAAAGGUGCUCUUAGUCUGCCACCAGAGCCCAGUAUCCCUCAGCCUGGCGUGGAUGGAGGAAAACACCCCUUAUACUCUCCUAGAGAGAUAUCUGAAAUGGACGCUUUGUUUGAACAGCACGUGGAGACGGACAAAUACUGGGUGGACGACAAACAGAGGACUGAGGUGCUGCAGGCAGAAGCGGACUUGCUGGUGGAGGGCCGGCCUGGCGAUCCACUCCCAGAGACGCAGUGCUUUGGUGACAGGCUACAAGACAUGACCCUUGGAGACCCAAGAACGUCCGACGGGCAGACCGACUGGUACUGGACUGAGAGUAGACAUAUGGAGAGGCAGUGGACUGUUGACAGACACACCCAACGGCAGAUCGACAGAAAAAUAGAGAGACAGUGGAUCGGCGGGAGGCAGAUUGAACGAUCGUGGUCCGAGAACAGGCCCAUGGAGGCCCAGAUUGACAAUCAGUGGAUGGGGAGAAGACACACAGGGAGGACGGUGGACAGACAAGCUCAGAACCUUCCUUUGGCUCAAAAGCCGCUGCCUCCGUACCCAUCGGAGAGGACGCCAUUGCCCAAACAGGAGAGGGACCCUUCAAAAAGCACAGAGACAGCAUCUAUAGAGUGGCAUCCACUUGACUCUCAAGGAGACAGGGGAGGCUCCACAGAUGGGUGGAGGGGCAGUGGCAAGGCAGGGAGUGGUGUCUCUGCCAGUAGAAAACCAGACCCCCCACCACAAAGCAGUAAACCCAACGUGUCCCGCCUCCGGCCAAGACAGUGGCGGGAGAACUCAGUCACCCUGCCAGAGGAGGAAGGAGAUGAAGAGAGAGAUGCUGAGAAGAUGGAGCGGAGAGAGAAAAGACGAGACUCAGAGGGUCAGCCUCCUCACAUUCCUGAAAAGCCAAAGACCUCCUCCUAUGUGAGCUUUUCUAAAGAAUCGGCUAAUGACAGAAACUUACCUCCUCAUCCUGUGCUGCCUCCUGCCAACAGGCCCAUCCACGGGCUGCCAGACAGAGCAGCAAGUCAAGGGUACGAAGGACUGAGACCUCAAGCUCCUGUGAAACCACAGAGGAACAGAAAAGCAAUGUCUUGUGAUGCAGGCUCUGAGAGAGAAAGCCCCAAUAACAUUGAGAAGCCCCAAAAUCGCAAACCCCCUGUGAAAAAACCUAGACUACCUCAAAACAGAAAUAAGUCUGUGGAAUUGUCUGACAGCCUCAAUACAGCGUCAGGUCACAGCGAACUGGUGUGAUGGCUAAGAAGAGCGGUAUGUUGCCAUGACAAUGAUGGAGGACACAAGGUGCAGGCCCAAGAAGAAAAGACGACAAACAUCACAAAGCAUCAUCAUAAUCAGUUGCAAACCCCUCAGAUGGCUCCCUCUUUAUUCCAUAUGCUUGCUUGUUUUGUUUUCUUGCCCUCUCACAUGAAAACUUGCUCAUGUCCUUGUGUGGCUGCUGUCUUUUGAACAGUAUUUGCUAUGAUAGAGAAGCAAACAUUUCACUAAACGCCGGGCCUAGUGCUCCAACAUUGUGGCUUUUUAGACAGAAGAUGUGUGUAUGUAUUAGGAUGUGAUUUGUUGAAUUUGCAGUAUAUUUGAUCGCUGAUAGAGUUGACCGCCUUGAUUGACAUUUGAAACGUUAGUUGCUUCUUAUCAAAUGAAACUAAUGAUUUAUAUCUAGUUUUGGUUUCAGGAAAAGGUCAUAUAUUUUAUAGAUUAAAUAAAUUAUGUAUGAGCACCCUCAUUGCACCAAUAAUACACAAAUAAAAAGGGUUACAUUCUUUUUCACGCA